CCCUUUACUUCAGUGGGAAUCCCCGUACAACAACAGCAGCGUGCUGUUCGCUACCCCCCAAAAUAUUUUGACUGUUUUCUCGACCGUCUUCACACUCACCGCGUCGCCCGUGACUAACCACACGCAGUGCCAGAAAAACAAGACCCCCUGCAGCGGCGCUGUGUCUGCAGAGUAUCAUCAUGAUGGAGGACGCCGCCUCGAGCUUGGACAAUAUCUCCCUGAGCCAGACCCUGCCGCUGAGCCAGGGUUCAUUUCACCAGCUGUGGAAUGUUCUAACUGAUGGGGUGGCAGAGGAUGGGGUCAGAGGAAUGGAUAUGCUGCUUAUGAAUGAGCAUGAGCUCACUGGAUUCGAUGAAACUCUUUUUAACUUACCCGAGAUGUCCACUAAAGAAACAGUGACUCCCCCUGCGUCCACUGUCCCUGUCACGAGCGAUUAUCCUGGGGACUUCGACUUCCAGCUCCGCUUUCGGAAGUCUGGCACAGCCAAAUCCGUCACAUCUACAUAUUCCGAGCUCCUCAACAAGUUAUACUGCCAACUCGCCAAAACCAACCCCAUCGAAAUUCUGGUGAGCAGGGAGCCUCCUGCGGGAGCGAUGAUCAGGGCAACUGCAGUCUACAAGAAGACGGAGCAUGUGGCUGAAGUUGUCCGCAGAUGUCCCCAUCACCAGAACGAGGACCGUAAGGACAAUCCGUCAGCUGCAGAGAACAGCAGUCAUCUGAUCCGGGUGGAGGGAAGUGAGAGAGCUCAAUAUUUUGAGGACGUGAACACAAAGAGGCAGAGUGUCACUGUCCCCUACGAGGCUCCACAGUUGGGCUCCGAGAUGUCAACCGUCCUCCUAAGAUUUAUGUGCAACAGUUCCUGCAUGGGGGGAAUGAACCGACGUCCAAUCCUCACAAUACUGACCCUCGAGACCCCCGAGGGGCAUGUGCUGGGUAGGCAGUGCUUUGAAGUCCGGAUCUGUGCAUGUCCAGGCAGGGACCGCAAAACUGAGGAGGAGAACAGCACCAAAAUGCAGAACAGCACAAAAGAAACUAAAAAAAGAAAGAGCGUGCCUUCACCUGAUUCCACUUCCACAAAGAAGCCAAAGUCGGGGUCAGGCACAGACGAGGAGGACAGGGAGUGUUUCGUCCUCCAUGUCCGGGGGAGGGAACGCUAUGAAAUGCUGAAAAAAAUCAACGACGGCUUGGAGCUGCUGGACAAAGAGGGCAAAGCAAAGACAAAAGUUUGCAUGAAGCAAGAAGUCCCACUCCCAUCUUCAGGAAAAAGACUCCUGCGCAAAGAGGAAAGGAGCGACAGUGAUUGAGCCGCAUUUUGAUUAGAUAUUGAGAACAUGUCUUAAUCCAAAUCAGCUCCUAGGUCAGAAUACCAUCAGGGCUCCUCGACGCUCUUUUUGCAUUGGCAUCAUGACGUUUUUAUGAUUCCGUUUUGAAUAAUGUGUCUGCCAAGUCGUCAUUUAUAUGCAUUGUUUCUUGUCUUGAUAGCGGAUGAACUGAAGAGGUUAAUUAUUGGUCUUUCAAUUACAUUUCUCUUUUUGAUAUUCGUCAAAGAAGACAAUGAUUUGAAUUGGUCCAAUCAGACAAAACAAAUCAGACAAAAAUAGGAGUGUGUUGAUAUCAAUGAGGAGGGUGUCGUAUAUCUCCACUGAAAUCUUGAGACUGUACAGAGCAUGUAUCACAUGAUCGACAUUUAGACCAUCACUGGAUUUGGUAAAUGAGGAGCUGGCCGGUUCAGCUUCCAAAUCAAAUUGUCCGUUUCAUAGUUGGCCACAGAGCACGCCAUUUGUUGAUUAACCAGCACUUCAGUUUGAUGUUUGUUUUGACCAAUCCAUAAAACCACUUUUUUCACACUGCCAAAAAAAAACCUAUAUAUAUAUAUACUUAAGUGCGUAUCUUUGUUUUAUUUCUUAUCUUCAUAGAUUAUUUUUGGAACGUAGUUUUGUACGAGGAUUAUCUUUAUUUUUCACUGUCAUCAUGUUUUCACGUCUCUUAUUUUUACUAAUUUGCAUUUUUUUGUUACACAGCCUAAUACUGAAUAAAGCCCGUCAUAAAAUGCAGAA